ACUGCCCGCAUAUCUCCCCUCUUGUUGAUUUCAUCUCUGUUAUAGCAUGGGUACAGGUGUCAAUAUAUUGUAUGGCACUAUCCGAGUGUCUUCUCCCAGUUAAAAUCACUCAUUCACAGCCCCUUACCGGGCAGCUCAUCGUGUUAUGUCCCUUAUCUUUGGCGCUCAGGAUGCACAACUGGGCACUCUGAGAAGUUCGAGCUCGACGCGAUGACUUCAACUGCCAAAACAUUUUUUCUUUGUGGUGAUUGCUGCCCUUGAAGCAUCCGAACACUUCCAAUAUGGUGGUAGCAAUGGAACGUCAGCAGACGUUACCACUUCACGACCGCAUUGAGCAGGCAUCUGCAGGUGCUUUUGUACCACAUCCUCAAUCUGUGUCCGCUCCAGUCGACAAGAAUGCACAGCCUGCCAAGAGAACAAGCCUCCUUCGCCGACUAUCUGGACCGAACGCUUCAGACCGCACAGGGAGUAAGAGAGACGGGCGUCGGGAGACCUCCAAAAAGUCUAGACAGUACUGGAAGCGACUGCCCGCUCCAAUACUGGAACUUGUACUACUGCAACUCAAGAACAUCCACGUCGAUCGAGAAUCCUCUUCGUGUACAACAUGCUAUAUGAGAGAUCUGAGUUCCAUGCAGCGCACGUGCAAAGCAUGGUUCUCGGAUACACAGAGAACUCUAUAUACCCAUAUCGAUCUCGUAGGACAAGAGGAUCCCGCAUUGCUGCGAAGGUGGCGACUAUCUCGCGCAGCACGACUUGUUCGGCUUAGAUCAACCCUCCGGUCAAGGCCCUUGCUUGCCGCUCUCGUCAAGACGAUUAAUGUUCCCGAUCUUCAUAUACCUCUAUAUCUCUCGAACGACAAUCCAAAUCCAGCAUACGACGCGUACCUUUGCACUCUGGCAUCCGUCGUCAUGGCUUGCCCCAACCUUGAGGCUUUCUCAGGCUUCACACCGUUCUACAACCACACAUUCGACCGGCUGACGCAUGCCCUAUCUACGAGAACGAAACUACGUCAGCACGUCUGGGUCAUAGCAGAGAAUGAUGAGAUUCGAGAACGAAGCCUAAAACAACUGCCUCCAGGACUACUAGACGAAAAUCAAUAUUUUCAAUUCAAGUUAUACCAUCAACAUUGGAAACAACUUGAAACUCUGAUGCUUUGCUCACCUGGCGGACUUGGUGUUAUCGAGUAUAGACUUUUCAAAUAUGUUCUACGUUCUCUGCCGUCGCUGAAGAAUCUAUGUGUUUCCUCAUUUGAUGCUGACGACUUCAACGACAAAACGUUGCGACAUGUUCCAGGUGUUACCAACUUGCGUCUUGAGGAAUGCUUAGGUGUCACGGAAGCUGGGUUGACUCGAUGGGCGGCCAGACCAAAAGCAGUACCGGUCAAAUGUCUCAGCCUGAUACACCAAAAUGUCACCAGCCUACUGACGAUCUCGAAGAUUUUAGCUUCUCUGGAUCGACUGCGAAAAUUCACCAUCGUCCAGACAGAUAUCGUCCCCACGCUACCCUUUUACUCUGGCGCGGUGGUCUUCCAACCAGUUUUGGCAUCGAAAUGCCUGAAGUUCUUGCACUGGGAUGUGUUUUGCAAUGAUCAGGAUGCCCUUAAGGGUAUCACGGACAGUGCGGCUGCAUGCCCACAAAUGGACAACACUAGGACCCGCGACGACGUUUCACUCACAGCAAAUGAGCACUUAGCGCAGUCGAUAUUACACAAUGGCUUUCCUGCGUUGACUCGUCUCAGAGCGCCCCGAGAUACCUCACCUGAUGGUCUGCUACAAUCAGUCUGUCAGCCACUGUAUGAGGAGGGCUUCACUUUGCCCAAAGAUGAUGCACUCUUGCCACGAUCGAAGGAUGGCCCGCAUUCGAACUCUUUACGAGCAGCUAAUCUACGAGCCCUGAAGAUUGUUCAAGAGAAACGAAAAAAGGGGAAAUCACGUGCAGCAGGGCCCUUCGAGCUCAGUGCCGAACACGACAGGAUGGGUACUCACCCGACAGACAGCGAAGCCUCAGUCAGCACUUUGAACACCCUCCAGUCCUAUCUAACACACAGCAGCACCAACACUACUGCAACAAAUCAAUCAAAUAUCCAAAGUCCAGUCUCCCCAAUAGACGCCGAACAACAAUGGAUGUAUCGUAUCCCAGACUUUUCAGGCAAGGAGACACCGAAAGGGCGACUACAAGACAUUCGUGUUCCAAGCUCAGCCUCGAAGCGCGACAGCAUCUGUAACUGUGAAUUCGAUGCAGACAGCAUUUGUGCUUGCGAUGCGCAACACAAUCCGCUGAAUAGACCACCUACACCGCCAAAGAGCCCUCUCCGUCACAGUUUCAGGCUGUCCCAGUCAGCGCCUUUCCCUGGAGAUCAUAUUCCUCCAAGCGACAUGUACCAGAACCAGAGAAGGACUCUCGACCAAGUACAAGUGUCAUCUUCGAGCGCGACAUCACUUCCAACUCAGCGACAACGACAACUGAGGCCUAUAUUCUACUUGAAGCCAGAUGUACCCUACCACGACGCGAAUGGUGGGAUAGUCGGCUGGGCAGAACUACUCAGAAUCAAGGAGAAAGCUAGAAUGGCCGGUGGUGGUGCCGGGCAUGAGCAUGAGGAGGACGACUUCGAAGACGAAACUAUGUGCACAGGGUCCUGGAACUCGCGUUAUGUCGGCGAGAGGAAUUGGAAUGAGCUUGAUCUCGUCAAAGAGCUUUCCAACUCGAACUCGUCGUCGUAUACCAUGGCAAGUGCAGACUCUGAAUCAGAGCCAAAGUGGAAGUCACGAUUGAAGUCGGGCUCCAACACAAACUUGAAUUCCUUGUCUUUGCCUUUGAGAGCGAAGGUGCCGCUCUACGCGCACGAGAAGAGUCUGGACAGAAGAAGACAUGUUGCGAGGCCUAGGGGUGAAAGGGGUGGAAGUAUUUGUGUGAACGACUUUUUUUGAUCUGGAUGGGGAGUACACAUACCUGUCCUUUGUUUACAGUGGAUGGCAACAGCAAUGUCGCAAGAUGUGCUGCGAGUGUUCAGUCCGCGCCCAAUACUAUGCGUCCUUCAUUUCGUAGAGAAUGGAGAAUACUCCAUGCUUCCUGUGGCCUUAGACCUCCGUGGGAGCUGAUGGAUAUUCUGCAAGAUCGCAUUGCCAGUCGCCCGUCCG